AUGGGUUUGGAGGAUCGGGAUCCGGCCAUGCCACCGUGCCGACCACAUGGACUAGACAGAAAUGGCCGGAGAAUCAUUAGCAUUGCUAAUUAUUCAUUAGCAAUGAUCAUCGAAAUGCAUUCAGGCUUAGGCAUGGUUACAGCCAUUAGCACAGUGACCAUUACAGAGGGAGAAAGUGAAGGUUUCCAUCUCCAUCUGGAGGUCAGUGCUGGCCAGCACUGGAUCUUGUGGUUCCCUCAUGGGGUUGGGAUGCUCCCAGAUGGGAGGCUGAAAGCUCUUUGCUCAAAUCACCAGCACCAUCUCCUCCUUCAGACAUGGAAGAACAAAAUCAACGAGGCCAACAAGAUGGCCCUGCUGGCCUGGGAGAAGGAGACGGGCAUCGAGCUGGUGCAGAUCAACGGGCAGAGGCGCUACGGGGGCCCUCCCCCAGGCUGGGUGGGCGGCCCGCCGCCGGCCGGCACCGAGGUGUACAUUGCCAGGCUGCCGCAGGACAUCUAUGAGGACACGCUGCUGCCGCUGUUCGGGAGCGUGGGGCGGCUCUACGAGUUCCGCCUGAUGAUGACGUUCAGCGGGAUGAACCGCGGCUUCGCCUACGCCCGCUACGCGUGCCGGCAGGACGCGCGCCGCGCCAUCGCCACCUUCCACCGCUUCCAGCUGCGCCGCGGCUGCGCCAUCGUCGUCUGCUGGAGCACGCAGAAGCGCGAGCUGCUCGUCAGCGGCCUGGGCGCCUCGGUGAGCCAGCAGAAGCUGGAGGCCACGCUGCAGAGGGUCACCGAGGGCAUCUGUAGCGUCACCCUGCACGCCAGCCCCUCCCAGAAACAGGCCAAGCUCGCAGUACUGAAGUACAGGUCGCACCAGGCUGCUGCCCUGGCCAAGAAAGCUCUGAUGGAAGGGACCCUGAGGCUCGGGAAAGCAAAGAUGACGGUGGAAUGGCUGAAUCCCCAGCUGAAGCAGAAGCUGCAGCUCUGUGAGGAGGAGCCACCAUCCAGCUGGGUGCAGGGAGGUGAGAGCCCAGCAGUGCCCCCGCUUCCGUCGCUGCAGAACGUGCUGGACUGCCUGAACGCGCUGUGCUGGAAGCAUCACCUGAGGACACCCCUGAUCAGGACCAAGUGUGUCCAGGUGAACCCCAACGGGUGGCAGCACUUCUGGUACCAGGUGGCCAUCCCAGGGUCCCAGGUCCCCGUCAGUGGCUUCAUGUGGAUCUCACCAGACAGGCAGGGCCAGAGCGAGCACGAGAAGGCCAAGGUGGUGGCAGCCCUGUACGUUCUGCGGGCGUUGGCUGAGUCCUUGGGUGCCAGCUGA